AGCGCGUAGUUGCUGCAGGUAAAAAACGGAAACAAAAUACUUUGGUAUAAAAGGCGCUGACCACUCUUUCUGAAGGCAUAAGCAAAGCAACUCUCGAGGCGCAAAGAUCUAAAUCUUAAGUAUCUUAAAUUUCGAUAAUUAUUACAACAAAUUAAGAAAAAUGAUUCCCAACACCACGUUUCCAGCAUUCGGACAAUGUUGUUAUGAAAACGCACCACCAAAUGCGUAUGGACGGUAUAAUGUAUAUGGUAAUAUACAGCCAACAUCUAUCUAUGGUAAUCCACAUAUACAUCAAACUUCUUCACAAUCACCGCCUACAACACCUCCACUGACAGAUAAUGGUCCGUAUUCACCGGCUACAACAAUUGCAACGGAUAACCGCAACUAUUCGCGAACAGUAUAUACUCGUGAGCAAGUGGCCGAAUUGGAGACCGAAUAUAGAAUUUGCAAGUUUGCCACAGGUCCUCGUAGAAGACAAAUAGCGGAACGAAUAGGCGUGGAUGAGUUAAAAAUAAAAGUAUGGUUUAAAAAUAGAAGGGCCAAAGAUAAGAAGCGUUCGGCGAUCACCCCUUCUAAUUCCGAGGAAAAUCGGUUGUCUUCUGAAAUAUUGGACUCUUCAAAUAAUCCCAACGAAGAAGCAUCACCAACUAGCCAAAAUUCAUUAAAAAGGAUGAGCGACGACAUUGAUGACUUGCUGCAAGCAUUUGAGGACUAUAUUCGGGAAAAAAAUGAACUACUACAACCGCCUUUAAAGAAACCUAAAGUGGAAAUAUUGGAGCACAUGAUAUUCAAUCCAACUACAAAUUGUUGGGUUCGAUACGAUUCUUUAUGUCCGAUGUGAAAAUAUGAUAAUUUCCUUGUUUAUAUAAUGUGAUAACUUAAUUAAAAAUGUUCAAUAAAUCCUUUAAGAGAAAUUAUUUUAUUC